AAACGAGAAUUAUACUACACCAUAUAGUCAGUGUGUUAACACUCUUAAUGUAUUCAUCUCUUAUUAUAACUCCUCGCAAUGGAAUCUGUCUUCGAGAUCGAGAUUAAUUAAUGACAUCUAACCUUGGCCUAACGUAAAUUGGAAAAUCAUUGGCAUUUAGACAAAAACUUGACCAACAUCACCUCUCAGACUACGUACUUUUAUUUUGUAAAGAAUUGUGUGAGCAAGAUUUUGGCUAGAAUGACGUGAUUGUUAUUUUUUUCUAUUCACGAUCGACCCUGCCCUGGUAAUUUUGACGUUAACGUGAGCGAGCUGAGCAGCUGAAUUCGAAUUCUGCGACAGUAUCGUGAUUUUGGCCUGAAAAGAUGGUGUUAACACACCGUCUGCGGAAGGCACUUGUUGGGGGUGCUCUCCUUGGAGCUGGAGCGCUUACAGCCGGAUAUAUUGUAUCGAAGAACAAUGAAAAGAAAUUAGCUCAGAGUCGACAAGCUCAGGUUGUGGCAGCUGAGCUCCGAAAUGUGCAUUAUAUCUCCUCUCUACCAACCAGAGAUCAGCAAAUCCAAUCCCUUCAACACACUCAUGAGUAUGAUGUUUUGGUGAUAGGGGGUGGAGCGACCGGUUGUGGGGUUGCACUUGACGCAGUUAGCAGAGGUCUGAAGACGGCACUGGUAGAGAAGUAUGAUUUUUCUAGUGGUACAAGCAGUCGAAGCACCAAGCUGAUCCAUGGAGGUGUACGCUAUCUUCAGAAAGCUAUCCUUGGUCUAGAUUAUGACCAGUACAAAUUAGUGAAGGAGGCCUUACAUGAGAGAGCAAACCUACUGGAAAUUGCCCCACAUCUAUCUUAUCCUCUCCCAAUUAUGCUGCCUGUUUACAAACUAUGGCAGCUGCCGUACUACUGGGCUGGUAUCAAAGCAUAUGAUCUGGUAGCUGGAAGACAAAACUUGAGGGCUAGCUACUUCCUCUCCAAGGAAAGAGCAUUAGAGAGGUUUCCCAUGCUGAAACGAAACAAAUUAGUCGGUGCUAUUGUCUAUUAUGAUGGUCAACACAAUGAUUCUAGAAUGAAUAUAGCUUUAGCACUAACAGCAGCCAGGAUGGGGGCCACAUUGGCUAACCAUACAGAGGUCCUUGAUCUGAUCAAGUUUGAGAAUGAUGUAGGCGAGGAGGAGGUUAGAGGGGCAAGACUAAGGGAUAGAAUCUCAGGUAAAGAAUACAGUGUCCUGGCCAAGUGUGUGGUCAAUGCUACUGGACCAUUUACAGACAGCAUUAGACAAAUGGCAGUUCCAGAAAGCAAGAAGAUUUGUCAGCCAAGCUCAGGAGUUCAUAUAGUACUACCAGAUUAUUACAGUCCUGAAGCCAUGGGUUUGUUGGACCCCUCUACCAGCGAUGGUCGUGUUAUUUUCUUUCUUCCCUGGGAGAAAUUUACCCUUGCCGGGACAACAGAUAGACCUUGUGAAGUGACCCAUAAUCCCUCACCGUCAGAAGCAGAUAUCCAAUUCAUCUUGAAAGAAAUCAAAGACUACCUCAGUAAAGAUGUCACAGUAAGAAGAGGAGAUGUGAUGGCAGCAUGGAGUGGGAUCAGACCUUUAGUGACAGACCCCAACUCUAAGAACACCGAAUCUAUCUCAAGGAAUCAUGUCAUCGAUGUCUCUCAUAACAAACUCAUCACAAUUGCAGGUGGUAAAUGGACGACAUACCGUAGCAUGGCAGUGGAUGCUGUUGAUGCUGCAGUGGAGGCAUGUGGUCUAGAACCAAGGCAUAAUUCACUGACCGAUGGUUUACUGUUAGAGGGCGCCCACGGCUGGACACCCACCAUGUUCAUCAGACUCAUUCAAGAUUUUGGUCUUGAAAAUGAGGUUGCCCAGCAUUUGUCUAAUACCUAUGGAGACAAGGCUGUAGAGGUAGCCCGAAUGGCUAGCUUGACGGGCAAGAGAUGGCCCGUUGUAGGAAGGAGGCUGGUCGAAGAUUUCCCUUACAUUGAAGCAGAGGUGGUAUAUGCAGUGAAGGAAUAUGCCUGUACAGCAGUGGAUGUGUUGGCUAGGAGAACCCGUCUUGCCUUUCUCAAUGUUCAAGCAGCUGAAGAAGCCCUACCAAGGAUCGUAGAGAUCAUGGCCAAACAACUCGGCUGGAAUAAGACUAGACAAGAGCUGGAGCUUGCCAAUGGACGGAAAUUUCUGAAUGAGGAGAUGGGAUACAAUUGCCGAGCUGAGCUCAUGACUGUACCUAUCAACUUCACAGAGGGAGAGAAGGAGAAAUACACCAAGCGUUUCCAGAUGUUGGACAAAGAGAAGAAAGGAUACAUUACUCCUAAUGACAUGAGACAAUUCUUAAAGAGUGUUGGAGAUGAUUUGACUGAAGAUCAACUACGCAGUAUGAUGAAUGAAGUGGAUUGCAAUAAGAACGGCAGGGUGGAACUCACCGAGUUUCUACAGCUCAUGAGUGCAAUAAAGACUGGCGCAAUGGCCAACAUUCGCCUGGAGCUGGCGCUCAACAAGUGGGAGCGUAAACUGAUACCGACCUACAGGAGUGGAGCAGAAGACGAGACAUAGCAAGGUUCCCACAUGAGGAGGACCAUGACAUUGUAGCAUAGAGGCUAGAUCCUGCGUUAUCGGUAUAAUGAUCACAGGCAGCAUUGCAUCAUGGGAAAUUUGCAGAUACCUGUAUGGUUACGAAAUAUGAAGGUCGAUCAUGCUCGAUAUUGAAUUCCUGUAGAAAAACUGUCAAAUGGAAUGCAUAGUGGGCCGGUGCACUAACUAUAUUCAUUAAAAUCUGGGUUUGUUUCUGUACACUUAUGUGUUCUAACUUGUGCGAGUAGUCCUACGGCAGAUAGUCAUCCUGCAAAAGAAUUGUUUCGUUGGUCAACCAGUGAAAGCAACAUGAAAGUGAUAAUUUGAGCCUCCAUCUCCCAUCUCCACCCCCCCCCCCCAAACACACACACACCCUCACACAUAUCCAUUAGCAGAUGGCCUGGGAGAGAGUUUGGAGGAGAGAACAAGAAAUCGAGCAAGAGUAGAGAUGGAAGUCAGGUAUCACUGCUCUCUAGUUGUAAAGUUUGGCCACUUCAUGGGGGGGGGGGGGUGCCUCCAGAGUGACUGAAAUAUCAAAUAGAAAGUUUCAAUGAUGGAUUUGUGCAUUAUUGGACUGCUAUUUGCUGAAUAUGUCCCUCAUCUAUGCGUAUCUGUAUCCAUUCAUCUAUUUUACAUUUCCCAUUUCUUUCUGCAGGAUAGGUAACUUUUCAUCAUCUAUCCAUUAAAUGCUCUUCUUGCAAAUAAUUCAUCAUCAGAAACAUAUCUUUCCCCUUCCCCUCAUUCAUUUUUCUUUAUCCUCCCUCCACAUAUCCCCCAACUGUCUUCCUCCCUUUCUCUUUCUUCCAUCGCUAUCCCCCCCCCCCCUCUUUCUUCCUGUCUUCCUCUCUAUUACUCAGAACAAAGCAUGACUUUAGCAUGCUGUUACAAAAGUAUAUGGGCUAUUCCACGGUUACUCACGUUACAUUUGGAGACACCUUGACUCAUACUUGGAGCUGUAACUCCAUUAUUAUUGAUAGGAACUAAACAUCUCUUUAUCACAACAGAGUACGCAGUCUGACUAUCCUUUGUAUAAAAACAAAACUUGGGAAAUUUCAUUAUGCUCCUGGCAAAUCUUUGAAAUGUGUCGGUUACUCAUGUUACAUGAUUUGGACAUGCAUAAAAUGAAAAGUGGACAUAAGUGAAGUGUCCUCAUGCAAGGCUUUUAUGAAAGUUGAUUAUAUCCAUUUCAAAGAAGUAUAUUAGGGAGACAAAUUUGUAUAUACUUAAAAAAUAAAGAACACAUGGUUUUUACUAGGGGUUCAGAUAAAGUGGUUACUCACGUUACGGUUCAGAUGGGCUAUAUGUACAAAGACACAUUGAGCUCAUGUCCACCAACCUAUGGAAUUGCCCAUAUGUAGUUGUUAAUAGACUGUUAUUUUUCUUCAAAUAUAUGCACUGAACUAAUCGUAGAUAAUACGUGAAAUCUACGUAGAGAGGGUUUCAGAACACUGGGUUCAAACCUACCAUUGUUAAUUCAGGGGGCUGUUUCAUAACGCUGUCUGUAAUUUAAGAGUGAUUGGUGAUCCUUGUAAUUAAUAUUCGCCAUUAAAUGUUCAUUGGUGAUUAUUUAGCGUGUAUGAGAGGUUCACAUUCACGUUCUGAAAGUCACUCUUAACUUGUGAACAGCUUUAUAAAACACCCACAAGGUAAUUGAAUAAUCUGACUGGAACAAUGAACUCUGUGUAAACGUUAGUUUUCACUUGGGCAAAGUUUACUAAAUGCAGUGACAGAUCCAUGAUUAGAAAUGAGAGGGGGCACAAAGAAAAAAUAAAAACAAAGGGGGUGCUGAUGACUACUUUCAUAGAUUUAGCUAUGUAAUAAUAACGAUAGGCAUUUGUAUAGCGCCAUCUAUCUAGAAACUAUCUAUUCCGAGGCGCAUUGUUAUUUUUAUUACCCCGGCUUUAGCUCUAGCUGCCUUUCAGCGCUUGUGCAUUCAAAGAAUUAAUCCUGCAGCUCUCAACCCAGGUGAGGUGAAUGGGUACCCUGCAGGAUUAAUUCCUUGAAUGCAGGAGCGAGCUGCCUUUCAGUGCUCGUGCAUUCAAGGAAAUAACCCUGCCGGGUACCUAUUCACCUCAACUAUGUUGAGUGCUGCACAGUGUCGAUGUAUAUGUAUACAAUGAUGCAAAAUUGGCGAUUCUCAAAAUAUAUAUACAGACGUGCAUCCAUAAGGCGCAGUCUAGAUCUGCCAAUGAAAUGAAUGUACUUAAUCCUAUGGGAAUUGAGAUUAAUGAGUUGAUCAAUUUGGUUUGAUAUCGAGAGAUUGUCUAUCAUACAUGUAUGAUUGUAGUGCAGUACAAGAAGGAAGUUAGUUAUCUGCUGCAAGGGUGUUAUGAAAGCUAAUUGUGAGAUCAAUUUAUGCUUAGUAGUGAUGUCAUUAUUCUAACUAUGUGAGUAAUUCGGAUCUUAACAGGGUAUCUCAGUGUAAAAUUUUAUCGUUGAAAUUACAUUCAUAGAUAUGUUGAUAUUUAAAACCUUUUUAUAAAAAAAAAACAUUAUUUUGUAAUUUAUGUUUGAUUAUUAGGUGAGUUUAUUUCAAUAUACAGUGGAUACUGGAAAACUAAAGCACAAUUUUACUCAAAACUGAUUACACUGUUACAUCUAGUUUUAAUUUUCAAUUCUGUAUUUGAUUUUGCUUUAUUGUCUUUUAUCUUAUAAGGGGAGGAAUUAGUUACCCAUGAGAUAAUUUUAAACAUGCAGAUACUCUUAUUGUGAUAUUGGUAUUAUUUUCUGAAAUUUUACUAAUGUUGUGUAAUUAUUUUGAAACUAAGUCAUGAUAUUUAUUUCAAUGGGGAUUUCAAAGACAUUUGAAUUAUGAGAAACAUGAAAGCUUAAAGGGGCAGUACACUAAUAAUGCUGUAGAAAGUAGAAUAUAUUGUUUUUAAACUAUAUGACAAAUAGUAUAUGGUCAAAAGUGUAAUAUAAAGAUAUUAUCUUAAUAAAACAAAGUAUUUACUAAA